AUAUACAUUAUAAAUGCAAUAUACUCAGUCAGUCAUUAUUUGUUCGUACAGUGCAUAUAAAGGGCACUUAGUGUUUUCACAACAAUACUAAAAACGCAACAUUCGCGGGGCGUGGUGUGUGCUUCAAGGGGCUGUAACUGCUGUCUUUUAAAACUACAAGAUGGCGGCGUCCUGUUAAAGUCCGGCCGUGGGUCGGAAACGAGAAAAGGACUCGUAAGAAAUUAUAUGAAUACAUGAUGGAAGAAGAGCUUGGUCAAUAACUAUAAGGGCUUUAUUGUGUUAAGGAAACGGUAAAGGUUUAACCCGGAAGGAGCUAAGGAAAUGUCAAUGGAGUGCCCCCUAUUACCUCCACCUCCUCCACCACCACCACCUGCACCAGGUCCUCCACCACCAUGUCUUCCUACAGCCUCGUCAAAACACAGGGAAAAGAAGCUGUACCAGACUAUAGCCAGCAGCAGGAGCCCUGUAGAGGGCGACAACACAGAGGCUUGUCUUCUACUUAGUCAGAGGGAUAGCAGUUUUAGGAAGGACCUGCAGUGGAUCCUGGUGAACACGUACAUACCUUCUCUCAUCCAAGACGGUCCACAGUGUGGUCUGGUGGCUCUGUGGAUGGCUGCUCACCUCCAACAGCCAGAGCUGAAUUUAGAUAUGGAAACUUUGGUUCAAAAAGCACUGAGCAGGGGGUACACGGCACAGGGGGAAAUGUUUUCAGCCAACAACAUGGCCAUGCUGGCAGAAGAGCUCUGUGGCUGUAAGGCUGAACUGCUGUCUGGAGGUUUGAGUGGUAACAAAUCUGCUGCCAUCGUCACGCACCUGUGGGGGAGACAACCUGUUCUCAUCCCAUAUGAUAAGGACCGCAACCAUGAGCCAUGUCAGCGCAAUGGCCACAAGGCUCACUGGGCUUGUGCUUCAGGUGUUCUCUUGGGUCUGGAUGCAGGUAGUGUGAGUGAGAAGCACCUUCAGGUGGAGCCCAGUCUUCCAUGGCUCCACCUGCUGACUGAUGCAGGUUUACCUUGCCCUGUCAGCAGCUCAGGACUCAGAGAGGUUCACGUUCUGGCCAAGCAGGGGUUGAGUCUGCGCUAUCAGCUGUGGAGCAUGGACAGCGUCGCCAAGAGCAACGAGCAGCUGAGGACGAUGGACCCCGAGAGGGCUGAUGAUGGGACCCAGUAUGUGGUCCCUGAAGGAGGUCUGGAGGAAGGACUGGCAGGACGAGUGGUGCUGCUCCACACCAGGACACAGUGACACAUGACAGGCUGCUACACCAUGAGGACAACAGCCACAACAACAAUCAGCCAACGUUCGCUAGGAGGUGACUGGGUGAUUAGUCAGCACAGAGAUGCAGAUGAAACGCUACUGUACACACACACACACACACACACACAGUUUAGUGUGUGUGACGCCUUGUCGGAGCAGAAGGAAAGUUUAAACUUCAGAAACCUGAUGUGUCUCUCCCUUAGACGUCAACAACAACACAAUAGUUAGACAGAAGCUGUAAACCCUAGU